AAAUUUCCGUCACAUAUAUGUCAGACUAUUUGGGAAACUGUUUCAGAAACACUCCCCUCGUCCAUGACGUACCGAUACGUCACAAUCGUGAUCGACUGCGAGCUAGACACCUACAAUCUAUCAAAGGCCUAUAUACGUCACGGCAAGCAGGUAUUGUGAACAUCUCCCACGGAACACCAGAGCAUAAGCUCAAUACAAGCUCACAAGGCAGCUGCUUGAACCGACAACACUAUCCCAGAACACUCUCCUGAAGCCAGGACUUAUAUUUACAGGAUAAUCAUGAAGUGGACACUCGCCAUUAGGAUUUUCGCUUUACUAUGCAUCACACAAACUACCACAGCUUUCCUGUCAGAAAGAACCCGCUGCACGUUUGUUGACAUCAUCACCUGUUGGUUCAACCCGUGCAGGUCAUCUGUGUGUCCGCUGUAUCCCCAAGCCAGAUGCAGUCUGCUAUACCUGCGAUGCGGAUGUCGGGCUGUAUGGCACACCAGCUUCGGUCAAGUCAACUGUAACGGUCCACCGCGAAUCAGACUUGGACAUGAAGUCGCAGUGGCGUCAUCAAGAUUACCCGCUCCCGCUGUAAGAGUGGCACCAUCAACACCCGUUGUGCAACGAGUUGUGCCAGAACGGAGACAGCUGCCACAGAAUGACUGUCCACCGGAAGUGAUGCAUGUGCGGUGUCGUGACGACCCAUGCAUGCGGACAUCUUGCAGGAGCAUGCCGGAUGCUGUGUGCAGACCCAACUACUGUGGAGGUUGCAUGGCCGAAUUCUUCAGGGAAGGCAUGCGAGUACAGUGCGGACGGACCAGUUUCCCGGAACUCAUUGACCCAGCGUCCGUCAUGGUGAAGGACAGGAGCGCCUACACCAAUAGCAAGGGUCGACAACCUCCCCCGAUCAUCCCUGCAGGCCCUGAUCCCUUCACCCAGGUACCAGGCCCCGCCCCUGGGUGGACAGGCCCCCAGGUUCUACAGCCUUCUCCAAGCCUCACCCAACCACCGUCACCAUGGACUGACGGUACCCGUAUCACUCAAGUUACCCCACGCAGUGUUGCUACCGGUCCCCGAGUUUUCGCUAGUAGUGUGUCCAGUCAGAGCACCGUCCCACAGAACUCUCGGUCCCAGUCUCGUGGUGACGCCGCCCUAGCACUGCAACAGAAUGUGUUCGGACUUGGAGCCCUCUUUCCCGAUGAGAACACUGCCCCACAGGUAUCCUCAGCAUCGCAACCUGGCGGCCCACUUCCGACCAAUUCCAUGGACAGAGCACAGAACAAUUUCGGAUCUCAGGGCCAGACUGGACAGGAGUCGUUCAGCAGAGGUUCUGGGGUCGUCCCUCCUUCCUCGUUCACCACCACCGCUGGUACAGCAUGGCAGGCGAGACAAGGUCAAGGUCAGAAUAACCUAGCGGCCUGGAGAGCCAGAUCCGGCGCCACAGGCAGCACACUGGUUCCCGCUGGUGGACAGAGCGGUGUUGUGAGGACGUCUCUUGGACCUUUGCCGAGUCAAAGAGGACUGUUCGUCCCAACCACAGCUGAAACCUGCCCCGCGGGUACGUCCCCGGCGAUAUGUUCCUCCCACCCCUGCGCCAACCAGACCUGCCACAUCCCGGGGGCAACCUGCAUCCCGAAUGCUUGCGGCUCCUGCUUCGCCCGGUGGUACCUAGACGGACAGGAGGUGGACUGCUCAGGAGGGUGUACAGAAUCUCAGAUAACAGUGGCGUGUCCCAGGAACCCAUGUGCCGUGUACUCAUGCCCCGCCCACCCAGACGCAGUGUGCAGAUAUUCCAAGUGCGGGUCGUGCAGAGCUCAGUGGUUCAUUGGUAACAGAGAAGUGAAGUGUGACAUCCCUUGGUCGGCAUCACCCUGUCCCCAGGACCAGAAACCGACGUGCAGUUGCUUCUACAACCAUUGUCAGACAGACAGACAGGCGCGGUGCAGGGUGACCGGUUGUGGAUCCGACUGCGGCACCGAGUUCUACAAAGUCAACAACAACAGCAUCGUCAUCGUCGACUGCCCUGUCCAGAAGGGACAGUGGUCAAGAAACCCACAGUAGAAACACCCUGACAUAUGCCACGCAAAGAUGUGACCCAAUAGUUGUGGGCGUUCAAAGUGCAUUGCCUUUCAUGGCGCCUCUAGCCGUGCACAGAUGCUGUAACACCUAUCCUCAUCUUGUCAACGUAUUUCAAAGAAAAACACGCUGGCUCUAAUCUUAUAAUGCACUUUAUCAUUACACGCAGUUACUCGUAAACACGCUUUAGUUUUCGUUGUGGUGUUCGGUGGAAAGAAAUCCAAACAUUCGGCACACACUUGCAACGCCUUUCGACGACUGUUGCCAAUAUCAGUGAUAUGUAUGUUGAACGUCUUGUUAAAAAACAAUACAAUAUUUCUUCGUAACUGUCCACUGUGCUAGUAUGUGAAUAAAAUAUAUACAUGUGUGUAAAAA